AUGAGGAUGUUCCCCCUGCUGCUGCUGCUGCUGGUGGUCUUCGCAGUCAACCAGUUGAACAACUAUGGAAAGCUGAAACAUGGGAAGUGGGAUGAUGGCAGCUAUUCCGAACGGACAAGGUGGAGAAUGCUAAGCGGGGAUGACCACGACGAUUUGCUGCCAAGUUGUGACUCACCAGGGGGGAGAAAUGAUGAGCAUCAGGUGAAUAAAGAAGUCUCACGGACAGCUCCAAGUGAAAAGGUUAAAGUUGUUGACAAGGAGACUGGAGAGAGUAUGCUUGUAGAUGUGGGGGAGUCAGGUGGGAAGAGCUCACCUGGUGUGGCGGAAGAAAGUGGACCCUCUUUGCGUGGUAGGGAUGUUAGGGAUGUGCGUGUUGACCAGGAGACGAGAGAAACGUUGCAGGGAGGUGCUACCAAUAGGAGGGAUCUUACGCAACAUGGAGAAGAAGAAACGGGGGACGACUCCAAAAGAGCCAAACAAGAUGAUGAGGCGGGAGUAAGGAGCAUGCUGAAUGAUACAGUGACAGCCAUCAAGGAUAACGGGUCGAAUCUGCUCAGAAGUGUAAUUGGCCAAAUUAAUUUCGUGCAAGGGAGUGCGGAACUGUUAAAGGUGGCUAACGAAGAGGAGAGGCAGCCCUCAGGAGGAAGCGUCCUUUCGAAGGAAGGAGAGGAGGCCACACCUGGUGACUUCUUGGGGGGGAAUAACCCAAAUGGAGGGGAAAAGGGGGAGCUUCCGAACGGAACUAAGAACGACGUAAUGAUAAAAGGAUAUGCAAAUGUUCUGUUAAACGAAGGGAAGCACGUUUUGGUAGGAAAUGUCCGUAACUUCCUAAGCAGGGUCUUCAACCUUAUCGUUCGCGAAAAGAUAAUGACUCGCAUGUGCCACAGGGGGGGGGAGGCCUCCAUUGAGAGAAGCGGCGAGCCAGUCGGUGAACGAAGCGGCGAGCCAACCGGUGAACGAAGCGGCGAUCCAACCGGUGAACGAAGCGGCGAUCCAACCGGUGAACGAAGCGGCGAGCCAACCGGUGAACGAAGCGGCGAGCCAACCGGUGAACGAAGCGGCGAGCCAACCGCAGAACGAAGCGGCGAGCCAACCGCAGAACGAAGCGAUGAACCAACCGCAGAACGAAGCGAUGAACCAACCGCUGAUCCAAAGGGCGACCCCACGAACUGCCGCCUGCCCAAACGCAGCGCAACGAAGUUCUACCAGUCGGAAGACCUCUACAACUACUACAGCUCGCUGGAGGAAAUGCUGAAAGGGAGAGGCAUCCGCUGGAAAACUGACCGGGUGUCCAGGUACUUCACCUUCUCCCCGAGCAAAAAAAUAAAAGACAACUUUGAAGAGGUGAUGAACAAUAAGGUAUUCAUAGAAUCCGUUAGAAGCAUCCUAUUCGACUCACAUAAGAAAAACAAAAAAGCUGUAUUCUCAAGUUUUGCCGUUGUUGUGGAGACGCUCUUUUCUUUAAUAAAGGAAGAGAAGGUAAUAGCUGACAUGUAUUCUUAUGUAAAAUUAUUUUUCCAAGAUUUAGACAUUCUAAAUUUGAAGGUGUUGCAUUUUCUAAGCAGCUCUUCGACUGAAAAUACCCAAUUUGUUGGUCCCCCGGAUUUGUCCCUCACCAAUUUUGAAUACAUUUUGGCUAAGAUAUAUUCUCGCUCCGUUUUGGCCAACAUUUUAAGCCCCAAAAUGAAUCACUCGGAUUCUAAGAAAUUGUCCAAGCUUCUCACCAGGAGGGAGAACAAUUUGAAGUUUUCUUUUCUGGAGGGGGUGAAGAUGGUGCACUCGGCCAUUCCUAGUGAAGGCGUUUCGGCCGUGGUCUUAGGAAAUGCGGGGGGGCAGGUGAAUGUCCCCAUCCCGGGGGCGGAUGACACGCUGUGCAAGUUUAUCCCCAUUCGGAAGAAGCUGCUGUACGAAAGACUGAGCGUCACGAGGAAAGUCGCCGAAGAAGUAAUCCUAGACUACCUCUUCCGGUUGCUCCUGAGGAAGGUGCAUGAAUACGUGUUGGAGUGA